AGCGGUGGGAGACGGCGGACGCUUCUCCGAGCGUCAACAAACGUGGAAGCCGAUUGGCGAGGGACAAGUCUGUUCUUUGUCGUUGGAUUUUCGCCCCUGAAGCGGAGAACAGGCAAUACCGAAGGAGAGCCUCUUGCUGGACAGAACGUAAGAAGCCCAGCUGCGAAGAACAGAUGCUGCUGGUCGCUCCCGGACGAUUCUGCGACGACCUGUAUACAUACAAAGCGUGCAGAACUUGAAGAACCCUGUAGAGUCGCGUCAAAACACGUCUCCGGGACGGUGUGCAACUUGGAAGCUGAGAAUACACGACUGACAUGAAUGCUGUUGUGUUUUGUGCAUAUUGUUGAUCGAGAGGAAUCGCACGUUCGCCCGUCAUCGAACCAGGUCCGUCACUAAUCGCGAUGGCAUCGAGCAGAAGCACGAGAGAAGUUCUGUUAUCGCUAGUGGAUGAUAUUGAGUUAAUAGCAAAGGAGAUGAUAGAAAACACAAUCGCCCAAAAGCCCUCGAAGCUUUCGAGCAUGGAGCACGCCCAGUUAACCGAAUUGCUGGUUGCGAAGGACAACGAGUUAAAGGCGACGUUGAAACGGGCCGCCGAGCAAGCUAAGAUCAACCUGAAGAUGGAGGCGUUGAAAGCCGAGGUGGAAAGGCAAGAUCAGGAUAUUCAGCAGCUGCAGCGGCAGCUGAAGGAAGCGGAACAGAUCUUGGCCACCGCGAUCUACCAGGCGAAACAGAAAUUGCAGUCUAUCGCGCGCGCCAAUAAGAGGCCGGUACCUUCGGAGGAGCUUAUCAAGUAUGCGCAUAGAAUAAGCGCGACCAAUGCAAUUUGCGCGCCUCUAACGUGGCAGCAGGGAGAUCCCAGAAGGCCGUAUCCCACGGACAUUGAAAUGAGAUUAGGGUAUCUGGGACGAUUGAGCGAUCUACCUUUAAACGGCCAGUUGCUCGGGUCUCAUCCGGGUAUACCGUCUGACUUACAUAGGGCAGGACAUCCUGCCGGAGAACCACCCGUUUCGCAAUCGAACCAGUUCGCCUGGCAUCCGUCGGGAGAGAUUCAUAUGUCGGUCGGCGGGCAGGGUAGCGUGGCUGUGAAUACGCAUAAACAAGAAACGGAAGACGUCGAAGUUAUGUCCACGGACUCCUCGAGCAGCUCGUCCAGUGAUUCUCAAUAGAUAUAAGGCGUAAAUGUUAUUGCGUGUCAGAAGUGCGCAAGAUAUUUUUUCUCUGUAUGCGAAAUAUGACACGAGACUAUUCGAAACUUUCAUCGUAAUCGGUGCGUAAUGUUACAGCAACAUCAAUUGAUAUAAAUAAAAGGAGACAUACUUUUUAGCUAGAA